AUGGCUCAACAACAAAUGCCAGAUUUGUCCAACGCCAUCGUGGCUCAGGACGAGAUGGGCAGACCCUUCAUCAUUGUCAGAGACCAGGGCAAAAAACAGAGGCAACAUGGUCUCGAAGCCACAAAAGCUCAUAUUUUAGCUGCUAGAGCCGUAGCUUCGAUUGUUAAGACAUCGCUUGGGCCACGUGGUCUCGACAAGAUUUUGGUUGGACCGGAUGGCGAUAUCACCAUCACAAACGACGGAGCAACGAUUUUGGCGCAGAUGGACUUGGACAACGAGAUCGCCAAGCUUUUGGUCCAGUUGGCACAAUCGCAGGACGACGAGAUCGGUGACGGAACGACUGGUGUGGUUGUGUUGGCGCUGGCCUUGUUGGACCAGGCUCAUGAGUUGCUCGAUAAGGGUAUUCAUCCAUUGAAGAUCGCCAACGGUUUUGACGCGGCUUGUAAGAUUGCAGUGGCACAGUUGGAUGCUGAUGCUGACGAUAUUCUCAUUUCCGAAGAGGCCCGCGAUUCGAAUUUGUUGAAGGCGGCACGCACGUCGUUGGGGCUGAAGAUCGUUUCGAAGGCUCACGAUCACUUUGCUCACAUGGCUGUCGAUGCAGUGCUUGCGGUGGCUGAUUUGGAGCGUAAAGACGUUGAUUUCGAGUUGAUCAAGAUGGAGACCAAGGUUGGAGGCAGUAUCGAGGACCUGGCUUUGAUCCGCGGUGUUUUGCUCGACAAGGAGUUCUCCCACCCUCAGAUGCCCAAGAAGGCCACCGACUGUAAGAUCGCGAUCUUGACCUGUCCAUUUGAGCCUCCUAAGCCAAAGACUAAGCACAAGUUAGACAUCUCUUCUGUGGAGGAGUUUAAGGUUUUGCAGGAGUACGAACAGACGAAAUUCCGUGAGAUGAUCUCCUUGGUUAAGGAUUCUGGCGCCAAUGUCGUUGCUUGUCAGUGGGGUUUUGAUGACGAGGCCAACCACUUGCUUCUCUCCAGUGGCUUGAAUGCAAUCCGUUGGAUUGGUGGUUCUGAGUUGGAGCUUUUGGCCAUCGCUACCAAUGGUCACAUUGUUCCUCGUUUCGAGGAUCUCACUCCUGAGAAAUUGGGUACCGCAGGUGUAAUCCGCGAGCUCGAAUUCGGUACUACCCGUGAUCGUAUGUUGGUUGUUGAGGACUGUUCAAACACCAGAGCUGUUACAUGUUUCAUCCGUGGUUCCAACGAGAUGAUCGUUGCUGAGGGUGUACGUGCUUUGCAUGAUUCCAUUUGUGUUGUGCGUAACCUCGUUCGUGAUAGUAGAGUUGUUUACGGAGGUGGAGCUGCAGAGCUUCUGGCCUCGCUAGCUGUUUCUGCAGCCGCAGACAAGCAAAAGGGUAUCGAUCAAUAUGCAUUCCGCGCCUUUUCCAGCGCUUUGGACCAAGUACCAAUGGUUUUGGCCGAGAAUUCUGGCUUGGAUCCUAUUGAGACCUUGUCUCAGCUCAAACUGAAACAAGCACUCGAAAAGUGCGCUCAUUUAGGUGUAGACUGUUUGGGUAAGGGAACCAACGACAUGAAGGAGCUUUUUGUCAUCGAUCCAUUGAUCGGUAAGAAGCAACAGUUGUUGUUGGCCACGCAAUUGACCCGUAUGAUCUUGAAGAUCAAUGAUGUGAUUAUUAGUGGGAAGGACGAGUACUAG